AGCACUGCUAGAGAGACAGCCAGGUAUGGAGAGAUAGAGGGAGAAAGGUAAAGGAAAGGGGGAGGAGAGAGGGAGUGAGGAAGGCUGGAGCACAGACAGAUACAUUAUCCACACACAGCGGCGAGGGAGGCUCUGUCUCUUGUCAUCUCUGGCUGUCUCUGGCAGUCUCUCAGCCCUGGCACAGUUACUGGUGACAAGGGGCUCAAUGACUCUCCUAAGACUCCUUUCCCCCAGCACUAAGGGGGUGGAGAGGUGUGAACAGUUCUCAGCCAAAAAAGGGGGCGUCUUCCCCCCCUAAAUACCCAGAGGACAGACAAAACUGGGCGAAAGAGAAGAAGAAGGAGAAGAGGGGCGCGAUAGUCAGCGGUAUAUACCCCCAGCGCUGCUCCGGGGGCGCCCAGCCUACUCUGCCCGGGAUCGUACGGAGAAGAGGACUGACCCCCAGGACUGUGCAGGCUCCCCGGAUUGAUCGUCUCCUCGGCCGGACACUAAGUAGAAGGGAACACCGGGGAGGCUCCGGCUCCUUCCUCUCGGAUUAAGCUGCUGUCUGUCAGGAGUGCCCGCCCGAGUGCCCCUCAGAAGCGCACAGGUGGCAUCAUGCAGCGCACAGGGAGUCGCUUGGAUCUAUUUUUGGUUCUUUUUGGACUGCAGUUGCCUUUUAUAUCACCAUGCCCCAUAAACUGUAUAUGUUACCCUUCACCAAUGACUGUCAGCUGUCAGGCUCACAACUUCGGGGCUGUACCUGAGGGGAUCCCGGAAAUCAGCGAGAGGAUAUUCCUUCAAAACAAUCAGAUAACUAUGCUCCAAAGGGGACACUUCAGCCCUUUGUUAGUCACUCUGUGGCUUUACAGCAACAACAUUACCUUCAUCGAUCCAGCAACGUUUGAAGGGUUUGACAACCUUGAAGAGCUGGAUCUUGGGGACAAUCGCUACCUAAGGGCUUUGUCAGGGGAGACAUUUCAAGGUUUGUCUAGACUUCAUACCUUAAACUUGUACAAAUGUGGCCUCAGUUCCCUGCCUAGUGGGAUAUUUGGUGGACUCCACAGUUUGCAAUUUCUCUACCUUCAGAACAACCACAUUGAGUUUCUACAAGAUGACAUCUUUAUAGAUUUGGUCAACCUAAGUCAUCUUUUUUUGCAUGGAAACAAGCUUUGGAGCCUUCAUCAGAAUACUUUUAGAGGUUUGGUCAACCUGGAUCGCCUCCUCAUUCAUCAGAACCAACUUCAAAUCAUUCACAGAGAUGCUUUUCAUGAUCUUAAGAGGCUGACCACGCUAUUUCUGUUUAACAACAGUAUAUCAGAACUGCAAGGGGAGUGUUUAGCACAUCUUUCUGCUCUGGAGUUUUUGAGACUUAAUGAUAACCCCUGGGACUGUAACUGUAAAUCCAGAUCCCUGUGGGAAUGGUUGCGGAAGUUUAGAGGGACUAGCUCUAAUGUUAUUUGUGAGUCACCUGAAAAAAUGCAGGGCAGAGACCUGAAAAAUCUAAAAAAAGAAGAUUUUGUGCAUUGUUCUGGCUCAGAGUCUCUAAACCAAAUAAAGACUCCUACCUACACCACCACCACUCAUCACAAAGGGCACCACUCUCAUCAUUCCUCCAAGGAAAAAGGAAAAGAUUUUCACCAAAAUGAGCCUGCUGCCCAUCCAGACCCACGCCCAGGAACAAGGAAACAUGGUAAGAACUGCACCAAUCACAAAAACCGAAACCAGAUCUUCAAACCCGCAUCUGGGAAGGGUAUGCACGAUGUACAGGAUUAUGUGACAAAUUACAAACAGAAAUUCAGUAUUGACAGUAUGCCCACUGCUUCAACAAAGAGGAAGACUAAAUGUACACGGAGGACGUCCAUGAGAAUGCCAAGUGGAGUGCAGCAGGCCACAGAGAACAACAGGUGUAAUGGGGUCAGGGUGUCCCUGCUGCUCUUCCUACUGGUGUUAGCUGUCAUUGUACGCUGACCAUUUUUGGAAGGAACUCUAGCCACUGCCACCACUUUCUAAAGGACCAGCAUUUCUUUCCGUUAUUCUUCUUUAUUUGUGUAUGGAGGAUUUGACUAGGAGGAUCUACGAAAGUGGCUUCUUAUGAUCAAUUUGGCUUGUGUUGGUGGAUUAUAAAUGUUAACUGGAUGCAAAGCGGUUGGGAGGGAAAGCAUUAUCACAAGCCUACCACAUGCUGCCCCAACUUUGCAUGUACAAAGGGCAACGUCGUUGAAAGACAUUGCAGAAAAUUCAUUACUCAUUCUUGUUACCAACUAGACAUGCAAAAUGGGGCAUACUUACUAAUCCUUCCUGUUUUUUUAUAUAUAUUGUUUGAUCUUUAAAGUGGGAACAUUAUUGUUUCAAAAUACCACAAACAUUACAAGCCAGGCCUCCUACACAUGCAAAAGACACUGUGUGAGUAAUGUCUCCAACCGGUUUUGUUGGCCUAAACAAUUGUUAUUGGUCUUUGGGCCAAUGCUGCUCAGAAGACAAUCUACAAAUCCUGAUAUAAACUCAGGCAUAUUAUCUUAUUAUAGCAGGGCUUAGCUGCCAUGCUACCAAAGGAAGGCUGCAAGCAUACAAUAGGACUUGUUAAAAAAAAAAUCAAAAAAAUUUAACUAGCAAAGAGAUUUCUGCAGGCAGCCUGUUUAUUUUGUAUCUGUAUCCACAUAGUUAUUUAAUGACACAACCCUUUACCUACCCUCUUCUGUCCAAAUAUCCAUAAGUGUGUCUAUAAAUGUUUCUAUGGCUAUAUCUGAAAAAAAAAAAAAAAAAAGAAACAUCCGAAAAGGAAAACUGUGCUGUUUGUUUUAUAGCAAAUAGGCAUUAUUGGCUUUGAGCUUUGGCAUUAGUUAUUUUUGGGGAAGGGGGUAUACCUCAUAAUUCUCAGCUGUCAGCAGUGGGGAAUACAUAAUGGUGGCAAAGCGCCAACUUGGGAGAGUUGCAGAAUAAUCCACUUAAAAACAAUGACCCAUGGAGUUCAAAUAAAUCUCAACACAAUCCCAAUAUAGGGUAUUAAACUUAACUCAGCAAAGAAACGGGUGGUGAGAAAGUAUAUUUUUCACAGGAUCAUUGUACCUAUUCAGCCAUGGAAGUCAGUGUCUUAUUUGGGAGCAGUUGGUAACAAUGUAGCUGGAAGAAAAAUGGCUCUCCCAUCAGUGUUAGUUGAUGUGAGCCUUAUAGCUGGUCUAGAGGUAUUCACAGUAGAGUCCCAUAUAAUGUCUGUGAAGACCACAACUUUGUCAGGAAUCACCAGACAUAGGUCAAAUCCAUAGCAUAGAGAUAAAAGCCCCAUGCUACAUCAGUGAAGACAACAACCUCAUCAAAAAUCUCCAUCAGACAUGGGCCAUCUCUCUACUUGUUUUUCCCUACGACCCGGGAAUUUAAUAGUGAUUAUUCGGAAAGGCUCCAGUAGCAGGAUUCAGAGACAGGAGGAAGCAGAAGUCAUUGUUAUACUUAUGGGGAAGUCAACAUGUGCCUAUCACUAUUGCAGAGUGUGCUGUGUUGUAACUCUAUAUUCUCAAAGGCUGUCAUGAAAUCUUCACAGAGAGUCAAAUACAGGUAUCUUGGGAUUAGCUCUACAGUAUGUGCAGAACUCUGGGGACUAUCAAGAGAAUAUACUCAAGUUUUACCAAGAGCAAAAAAAAGUGUGUAUAUAUAUACAUAUAAAUGUAUAAAAUAAAUAUAUAUCUACAUUACUAUAAAAUAUUCCUUACCUGCAAAAUUUUAUUCUGAAAAAAAAAAAAAAAAAAGAAAACAUUUUUUUUUUUGCCCUGGAAAGCUGGAGUUCAUAUCAUGAUAGAUGACCCCACUGCCGGUAAAAAGUAGCAGUGUUAACCAGAAAUAGAUAACAGAUCGAGUUAGUAUUGCACACACAAAAAAAAAUUGUUAUUUCCUUGUUAAGAGAACUUGUGUGACCAGAAGAGAACACGGAAAUAAACUAUAAUAAAAAAAAAGCCUUGGGUAUAAAAAAAAUUCUCUGCUUGCUUUUUUU